AUGGUUCCUUCAAAAUGUUGGCUUAUGAAAUUGAUGGUCUUUUUUGUGCUUUUAUUCACUUUUCUUCAAAUAAGUAGCACGCAACCAUUACUAUAUGGAGAUGAUGACGACGAUCAAGCACAACUUGAUAAUCUAGUUUUCACCUAUCAUCUAGCCGAUCCUGGUCGACUGCCUUCUUAUAAUCAUCAUAAAACUAAUUUUCCUCAAAAUGUCUACGAAGAUCAUUUAGCAGACGAAACAUUUUAUCGAAAUAAUCAAUUCAGCCCAGGCAAUUUACAAUGGACCAAACGUAUCAUUAUGUUACCACGUAUUGGCCGCCGCUAA